UUCAGCCCUCCCUCUCCUCAUCUCCUUUAGCUCCAACUCUCAACUUGUACAUUUAAAAAGAUACAGCUGCCAAGAAAGUGAGAGAGAGAGAGAAGCAAAAGAGAAAGCACUCCUGUCAAAAGCAAGCUUUGGAAUGAUGAAAAUGAAGAUUCUAUCAGCUCUUGUUUUGCUGAGCAUGCUGCUUGGUACUAACAUGAUGCCUUUCAGUCGACUUUCUUGUUACAAGAAAGUGCUAAAAGAUCGCAACUGUCACAGCAUCCCAGAAGGUGUGGCCAGUCUUCGACGCAUUGAUGGAAAUCUUCAAGACCACUUCUGGGAAGGGCAAAGUUGUGAGAUGAUCUGUUACUGCAAUUUUAGCGAAUUACUCUGCUGCCCAAAAGGUAUUUUCUUUGGACCAAAGAUCUCUUUUGUCAUCCCUUGCAACAAUCAAUGAGCAUCAUGUGUACCAGUGAGAAGACACACACAGGACUUCACAACAGGAGAUAAACAAUGUUGUCAUAGAAAAUCUAUUCCUUUCUACAGCACUAGAGUGCAGAGCUUUACUGUACCAAGUAGUAUACGUUUCCCUUUCUGUAUGUAGAAGUAACCAUGGUUUGAAGCUUUAAUGGUAAAGCUCUCCUUUCUAACUUGGUAGCUACAUUAGUUUUCAUUAGAAGGAUUUAAGAAGGGUGCAGUAGAACCUCCUUAAUUCAUUGUGCAACCCAGACAGUCUCAAAAGAUCUGGUGUUGUCAUUCCACCUCUCAAAGAUUUAGGGUCAAAUUUUCAGCUGCUAUAAGGCAGUAUAACGCCUCACUACACUGUUUUACUCCCAUUGAAGCCCUUAGCAGCAGUUCACUGUACUGCAAUUUCAUAUCAAUAAGUCUUCAUUACUUUAACAAAAAGUAACAUUGAAAUCAGUGGGAGCUGCUGUGCGUUCAGCACUUUUGAAAAUCAGGUCACUUUAUUUAGGUGCCUAAAUAAGGUUUGAGGACCCUAACUUUUUACAUCUGUUUUUGAAUAUCUUGGUCUAAAAAGCUUGUUAAUCCCCUUGAAGUCAAUAGCAAGACUCCCACUAGCUUCCAUGGAAACACAAUUGGACUCUAAAUUCACAAAAUAGUUAUUCAUAAUGGGGGCCUUAUUUAAAGUCCUCUUUGCACUUUUGGUGUUUAGUACCCAGCUGCUAUAAUGUAUAUAUUCAGUAAAACAGCUACUGGUGAUGAGCCUGAUCCAAUAUCUUUGGAAGACAAUGGGCCCUGAUUCAGGCCUCGUUUGAACUAUAGCACAUCUCAGUAGUAACUUUAAAAUGCUAGUUCCGUAUCUUUAAUAUAGCCCUUUAGGAAAAGACAGGUAUAUAAUUAGACACAGAGACUAGCAUUCUAAGCAUGUACACCAAUGAAAGCUGUAUGCCAUAAGUAUUAAAUGUUUCUUUUAACAUAUGGUAAUUCCUAGAGCUACCAAGUUAAUCAGAUGGAAAAGUGUGAAAAUAUCUAGUGCAAAAUAUGAAACUUUAAUAUAGCUAUCUUGUGCUAGUCUUUUUCAAUGACACUUUCUGCAGUAGUCAUUUUAUGUAAAUUACAUAGCAUUAAAAAAAAUCACUAUUGCCUAAUAGACAACCAUACUUCACUUACAUGACAACUUUGUAUCAAAUACAAAAUAUGUUCAGAAACUUUGCUGUCUAUAACGGUUGGAUGAUUGUAAUCUUGUACCUAGUUGGUCUGAGUGUUUGCUGGACCAUAUGCAAAUGAUAAUAAAUGUGUAUUCAAUUAA